CUCCGCCACGAUCCCGUUGAACUUGAAGCCGUUAUUUCGUGCGCCUCGGAUGGGCUCGUUGUUUGUCUCCGGCGUGCGCGACCCUUGAUGCCUCUUCCAACACAGCGGCCUUCAAGACCGCGAUAUUCUAACGGUCUCUUCGCUGCACCUUGGGCCACGGAGCCCGUGGUUCUACCACAGCAAUCGGAUCGGCGUCAGAAUACUGGCAGCGGCCAUGCGUUUUCAUCCACCUCGCCUGCAAACCCAGCGCUGGCAUCUCAGCGCGGAGCUGCUUCUCCACCGGGAGGUCCCCGACGAGAUGACUUCAUGUAUGCGAUCCGGGAGCAGGCCAUCUUCGCGUGGGCUCUCACGGGGAUCAACGGCUCUCUUUAUAAGCACAAACUAGGGGUGCCGACUGGCGAGUCGCUACCUGAGGCUGGCAUUCCCAUCUGGAACGAUGACCCUGAU